CAGUGUUUGACGUCUAAUGACUCAGGACAGGAUUUCAACACUUUCAUUAAUGGUGACAAAAUCGGCACAACCUACACUAACGACGAACAAUGUGCUAUAUUAUAUGGAGCUGGGUCAACAGUUUGUUCGGGAGAUACAGAACCUUCAGAAACAUGUUACAGUGAAGUUAAAUGUGAAGUAAGCGGUUCAUGCUCAUCAAACAUCAUCCUUGGACAAGAAAGUGUAUGUGAUGCAGCUAAAUCCCUGGGUUGUUUCUAUUCUGCAUGUACGUACAAUAGAGGCGGCUCAAGCAGUUCGUCAUCAUCGAGCUCGUCAUCAACCAGCAGCACAGCUGCAACUACAACUAGCACUAAAGCCGCCACCAGUACAACAACAAGCAGUACAACCAGUAUUUCUACCAGCACUACAGUGUCGACCUCAACACAGUCUUCAUCUAUGUUACCAAGCAGCUCACCAAGCCCCGAUUGUUGCUGUGAGAGAAGACCAUUGGGAGAAGUCAAAAUCAACAUUGAAUACAUCCCGUGUCCAAAUGGAAAUCCUGACAAUAAAUUCAUCGUUGAUUAGAAAUCUAGUUAGUGAGACAUCUCUUUCAACAUGAAUGAGAAAUAUAAUUAUGGAAUUUUUGUAUUUUGAUAUUUUAAAUCUAUCACUUCUUCUGUUAAAGAUGUUUGUUUUAAUACAAUUAUAAUUCCCAAUAUUUGUCAUCAUUCCAUCGACCCACAAAAACAUUUUAUUUAAUCUUUCAUUGUUUUUUCCUUCACUUAUUUGGUAAUUCAAUUUUUUUUUAUUUUUUUUUUUGCAAAAUACAGAGCAAAAUAUCUUAUUUAUAUGUUUCAUUCCAUUGCAUAUGGCCUUGGGUUGUUUGGAAACUCUGUUACAGUCAUUUUUUAACAUUCUUUUAUAAGUUGGAGAUUUGUUUCGUUUGUAGUUUAAUCUUAGUUAUCUAAUUGUUAAUCAUUAAUGUUGCAAAAAUUUAAUACAACAGUUUAUGAAACCAGCAUUUUAUUUGGUGGAUAACAGCUGUUCAAAUAUUUGGUUUGCUUUGAAAUAAUAAUAAAGAAAACUUAGAUAAAAGCCCACGAAAAAAUAGUGAUAUAUUGAUUUGCUUCAAAAUCAUAAUCUAAAAUUGUUUGAAAACUUACAAGAAUAAAGGCAUUAGAAUUGGUGUUUUGCAAAAAAUAAAUCGAAUCGCUUAUGUUUCAACCAUUGUCUAAUGCUUGUUAACAUAACUUUUGUUGAAAUGUUUUGUUUAGCUUUGAAAUGAUAACUCCUACUUGUUUUAAAGCUUUACAUUGCAGCUUAUGAAACCAGCUAAAGCUGGUGGACAUUUUGGUUUUCAUUACACCUAGGAAUAGAAUUGUAUAGAAAUGUUGAUCAUAUGAUAAAUCGAUUAACGGAAGUUCAAACGAUACUCAUAAAAAGCUCCUUAAGUGUCAGAAAAAAUUCGGACGUCGUGUUGCAUUUUCAAGGGAAUAUUCAUAUUGCUUAAAACAACCAAUACAUAUUUCACUUAAUUAUUUUCUAGUUAAAGAUGUUUAAGGUAAGAUGAAGGUGACUAUAAUUCUAUACGUUACCCAAUACUUUUAGAACUAUAGCGAAUGGUUUUAUUUAUUACCUUUUCUUUAUUGUGACAAAAUAUUAUAUUGUGUAUCUAAUUAAGUUGUAAAUACCUGUGUUUUUCUAAUUGCGUACUUUCUUAUUGUGUACGGUACGGCCCUAGCGGCAAAAUAAUUUACCUUUUUAUUGGAUAUUUUUCGUAAUCUUGUUAAGUACAACAACAUACGAAGUUAGCUACAUAUCUUGAAAAUAAAGAAACAAAUAAGAGUCCUUUUUGUAAGAGUACUUUUUGUAAGGUCGGUUAAACUUUUAACAUGGUUAUUACGUCGCUGUUUAAACGGUUAGUUUCUUUGCUAACUAUGACACUCCUAUGUAAUUUACAUACAUGUUUAUUGCCACCGGCCCAUACACAAACAUUAGCUAUAAAAUUAUAUGUUUUAGGUAUAUGUUUACCCCAGUGGUCAUAUUUUAAUUAUUUAUAUUUAACUUAUUUGUUUUGUUUAUUAUGAAAAUUGUUAAUAGACACAUACAUGUUUUUAAAAACUGUUUGAUGAACAAUUUGAAAGAAUAUUCAUACAUGGAUCCGAUGUUUAAAGUAUCAGCAAAAUCAUAGAAAUUCAGUUUGCAAUUAGAUAUGAUUGUAGAAGAGUAAUAAAACUUUCGAUCAACUUA